CUGCUUUCCUCAAACCUGACCCAAAGGUAAUCAAUCUAUCAAUCGAAUAAUCCAUCGGUAUUCUCCACCCAUUUCUGCUGCAUCAUGACGGCGAAGGCGCUGCUCGUCCGGCCAAACAUGGCGGCUCUGUGUUUCAUCGGAAGCCGUUUCCCUGUUCGUUCAUUUCUGCCAGGGGCGAUGAUGAAGGCGAAAACACACAGCAACCUCUCGAUUGCUGCUCCGUCACUGCCAACGGCGAACCUUCGUUUCAGGAGCUUUCCAUGGCCUAUUAGUCGGAGUUUCUGCAUCCGAGCAUCGACUGAACCUGACAAUUCGUCCUCCUCCGCUGUCUCUGCGUUCACUGAAUCAAUGGAGAAGAAGAUCAAAGAACGGUUAAGUGCAGAUUCGGUUGUUGUUAAAGAUGCUUCCGGUGACGGUCGCCAUGUUUGCAUUGAGGUAGUGUGUUCGGGGUUCGAGGGGCAAUCAGCUGUGAAUAGACAGAGGAUGGUUUACAAGGCCAUAUGGGAAGAGCUUCAAGACAGAGUACACGCCGUUGAUCAGAUGACUACACGCACUCCCUCCGAAGCUUCGGCUAAGUAAGUGAGACAGAAAAUCUUCCAUAUUGUGACUAAUGGGUCAUAUAGACUUCCAUAUAUUUUUAAUGUGCCCGAAGCUAAGAAAGCCAUUGUCGGGAUAUUAGAACUCCCGUUGUGUCCCGCCCGCCCCUACCCGUCCCGACAGCCUCCCUCUACUUUCUUUUAUAUGUUGAGAACUGAGAUCUAUACGUUAAAAGGAGAGCUUUAUUAGGCUCUCGUUUGUUUGUAUUAGCAAGUUCAUCGGCUACUGUUUUCUUUGAAUAA